AUGGCAACUACAAUGAAAGAACAAAGGUUACUAAUAAAACCUACCAGAGAGCUUCAACAUCUAACAAUAAAAAAAGCAAACCACAAUCAUAUAGCUUUAGAAGAUAUUUUAGGCUAUCCAUCUAGCUAUCGAUUGAAUAAAGAUGAUUAUCAAAAAGUCAAGAAAAUGUUUGCAGCAGAUGUUAAUCCUCGAGAUAUACCCUUUACUCUUCGUCAAAGCAACCUAAAUAGUUUAGCAAUCUCGAGAACUAUUUAUAAUACUUGA